AUGCAACAUUUGGGGCUGCUCACGUCAGUUCAAAAUUUAAAGAAGGGUUCCUGCGAGUUUCUUCCUGCUCUCUGUGUCUGUCCUCUGGCCUCUGGCCACUUCCCUCGUGUCAGGGCCCCGAAACAGCAAUCUGCGCUUCUGCCUCAGUCCAAGAAACCCAAAUCGGCUCCUUCCCCGAAACUGGAGGACAAGUCUGCCUCUCCCGGCCUGCCGAAGGGAGAAAAAGAACAGCAAGAAGCAAUUGAACACAUUGACGAAGUACAAAAUGAAAUAGACAGACUUAAUGAACAAGCAAGUGAGGAAAUACUAAAAGUAGAACAAAAAUAUAACAAACUCCGCCAACCAUUUUUUCAGAAGAGGUCAGAAUUGAUCGCUAAAAUCCCAAAUUUUUGGGUAACCACAUUUGUCAAUCAUCCACAAGUGUCUGCACUGCUUGGGGAGGAAGACGAAGAGGCUCUGCAUUAUUUAACCAGAGUUGAAGUAACAGAAUUUGAAGACAUUAAAUCAGGUUACAGAAUAGAUUUUUAUUUUGAUGAAAAUCCCUACUUCGAAAAUAAAGUUCUCUCCAAAGAAUUUCAUCUGAAUGAGAGUGGUGACCCAUCCUCAAAGUCCACUGAAAUCAAAUGGAAAUCUGGAAAGGAUUUGACAAAACGCUCGAGUCAAACACAGAAUAAGGCCAGCAGGAAGAGACAACACGAAGAGCCAGAGAGCUUCUUUACCUGGUUUACUGACCACUCUGAUGCAGGUGCAGAUGAGUUAGGAGAAGUCAUCAAAGAUGACAUUUGGCCAAACCCCUUGCAGUACUAUUUGGUUCCUGAUAUGGACGAUGAAGAGGGAGAGGCAGAAGAUGAUGAUGAUGAUGAAGAAGAAGAAGAAGGCUUAGAAGAUAUUGAUGAGGAAGGAGAUGAUGGCGAAGAAGAUGAAGAUGAAGAUGAUGAUGAAGGGGAAGAAGGAGAGGAGGAUGACGGCGAGGAUGACUAGCACAGAAGACUGAUGGAUUCCGACUCUUUUUUAUUUUCUUUUUAUUUUUUAAAUUUCUCCAGUCCCUGGGAGCAAGUUGCAGUCAUUUCCCUCCUGUCCCCAAUCCCUCUUGUGCUCAGUCGCCCUGUUUCUGAGGUCUCGCUUCUCAAUACCAUGGUUCUCAACUUAUUUUUGGGGAAAUGUCUUGAGCAAAAUACAAUGGGAAAAGAAUC